CAGCAGAGCGUUAUUAUGCAGGUGUCCCAUGGUCUAUGUCAGUUCUCCAUACCGAAACUCUGCAAACAGCAGAGUCCUGAGCAGAGCUGCUGCCCAAAGUAUCAACAUUUUCCUAUUUCACUCAGUGUGGCUUCAAGAAAAAAACAUUCUAAGACUAUAACAUCUUAAAAUGACAAAAUCUGAUGAGUCAUGUUUUAGUAUAGGCUAUUUCAGAUGGGGCUGUAGUUCCCAUUCUUGGAAAACGAAAGUUAAGGUGCAUUAAGAGAAACAACAGGACUUUGAGCAAAUGCCCAACCUCCGAUCACUUCCGAUUCACUGUGAACAUUAACACCGCGUGCUCAGCAACAUCACAUCGUUUACAGCAAAGCAGAAGCUGGACGUCCAACUGAUAUUUAUUAAGCAACUGAGUCAAAGAAGCUGAAUGAUGAGUGCUGCUCAGAGUCAAACAACACUGGAGUCCAAACUGGAGGCCCUGCAGUGCCACUUCACCUGGGAUCUGGACCCUGGUAGGCCCAAACUUCUCCGCCUCAGGCACAAGCUAGAGGACAUUGGGACCAAGGAGGGAAACAGCUGGCUGGGUCACAUUUACAAUCUGCGUGGGUUCAUUCAGUAUGACCUGGGGUUUAAAGAAGAUGCCCAGAGUUUGUUCAGCAAGGCUGCAGAGGCCUUCCGCCAGAUGAGAAACGCAGAUGAAGGUCCCUGGUUAGUGGUGAACUAUGGGAACCUGGCUUGGCUGCACCACCACCUGGGAGAACAAGCAGAGAGUCAGGCUUACCUGUCAAAGGUCGAUGCCCUGAUCAAUAAAUACCCAUCUCCAUGCCAGGAUGAGCUCCAUCCAGAGAUGUGUGCUGAAAAAGCCUGGACCCUGAUGAAGUUCAGCACAGCAAAGCAGCUGGCUGCAGAUUACUUUGAGAAAGCCAUCAGGAUGCAGCCAGGCAUGGUGGAGUACACCAGCCAUGUCUUAGGGUUAGUGGGUGCUUUCAAGCACAGUGAAACAGGGCUGGAGGCUGACAUCUUGGAGAAGAUGAGACUGGCCAAGGAGCAGGAUCCAGAGAACUUGUACCUCGCUGUUCACUACCUUGAGCAAUGUGCUAAGAAAGGAGACAGAAUUGAAGAUGAAGCACGUGAGUUGGCCAUAAGGGUUUUGAGAAAUCCUGUCAGCAGCUACAGCGGUAUAAAAGGGUUAUUACGAGUUUACAGACACUAUGUAUCUAUUGAUGAGGCCAUUGAUUUGGCAGAGGAGGCUCUGGAAAACCAUCCAGAUGAGCGUUAUCUGAAGAGAUGUGCUGCACUCUGCUACAAAUGGAAGAUCCUUUUCUUCAGGGACAGUCGCCCAAAGCAAAGCAUGAUAGACAGAGCAAUCAGUCUCCUUAAGGACGUGAUUUCUCUUUACCCUCAGCCCUCACGUAUGAAGAAAAUAGACCUUGCAAAUAUAUACGCAAAGUCAAAUUACGGCCAGGCUCAAGCUGAGCAGAUAUACAAUGAACUGCUACAAAGUGAUCCUCCUGAUCCUGUGGACAAACAGAUGAUUUACAACCACUACGCAAAAUACUUAAACUUUGAAAGACAGGAUCGUAACGGGUCAAUAAGAUAUCACAUGAAGGCAGCAGCGAUACCGCAACAAUCCUACUUUCGUGGGAACAGCAUCCAAGCUCUGGAGAGGAUUAGAGACAGAGGCAGGAACCGCAUGUGUAGAGAAAUAGAGGAGUUUCUGGCAAACCUGCAAGAGCUUUAGUAUUUACAGCACUGGUUUUAAUGGGAAUUGCAUCACCAAAAUGAUCUGUAUACUGAUUAAUUUGAUUGCACAUUAAGAAAACCAACAGGAAAAACUUGUAGAAGUUAUAGAAAUAAUUACUUCUUAAAAUAAAGUUAAAAUUGGUAUGAGAAGCUGAGAGUGAAGACCCGCUGAUGGCAGCAUGGCAUGAAUUAAAAUUUUGCCCAUUAAAUGCAAAUUAGAGCAGAUAUGUUUAAUGCCUGCUAAUCCUCUGACAGUGAGUCUAUUGAAACAAAUGGAUUUCACCAUUAUAAAUGUGAGCAUGCUUAUGCCUCAAAUUAGUCAGUAGGGUCUAUGCUAAGACUGCUUUUCAAAUAAUUAGUUUCAUUGGAAAUGCAGCCAUUAAAGGGUUCACUUGUGCAGGUGAAGUAAGUUUGAUUUUUUACAUUGAGAUCAAAUGUAGCGAACUUUGCUGCGCAUAUUUGUGCUGUCAACCAUCAGAAAGUCAUUCUGACAGCCCAGAGCUGGUGUAUCCAAAAUUGAGGAAGUUAUCAUAAUUGUCUGUCACCAUCCAGUUUUAUUUAAUCUCCUCUGUCAGGGUACAGUAAUGUGCACCACAAAAGAUGAUUAGCACAGUAAUGAGGUUGUAAAUAGUACAAAUAAAUACAGCUAUUAAAUAUAAAAUGUAUGAACUUAUUCUCCCAUAAGUGACCAAGCAAUCUGACUGUUAGCUCUGAGUGCCUUUUCCCUCUUUUCAAAAGUAACUCAGUCCCCAGAGCAAAAUGUUGGCUAGCGUUUUGAUGGUGUAGCUCGCCAGCUACAGUAGUUUACCAAGUAUUUGAGUAGUCACUAUGUCAACAAGCCUCCAGAACUGAAUGUUAAGCAGAGGUGCAGCCAAGAUUAUUUCACUCUGAUGUAAACACAAAUGUGCUACUUGACACAAAAUACUAAAAGUUGCUCACCAUAUUUGCUAAUGAGUGUGCUACACUUGCUAGCUUGCCAGUGUUAAUGCAUUUGAGGUGUUCAGCUAGAGGGCAUCACAUAAAAAGUUUGCUUCAGUGGGUCUUAGAAAACAGCUCCAAUAUGGUGGAUAAUUUCAGCCAGAAUUUAAAUUCAAAGGGAAGAAGACAGCAACACCCAAUUUAAAACAUAGAAAGUUCAAUGAACUCAUGGUUGGUUUUGGUCUUUUCAUGGCUAACACAAAGAACAAUGGUGUAUUUUGAGCUGUAUCCUUAAAAGGCAGGUUUCAACAAGUGUCUGUCAGUUUUAGUUAAAGCAAGCUAAAGUUAAUGGAAGAUGAGGCUAUUUAAAAAUAUCUAAUGAAAAACGGUAAGCAGUAUUACACUAAUUUUGUACGAAAAGGACAGAAUCAUCCAAUAACAUGAGCAAGGUCUUUAAAUAUCAUUCCACUUUGGACAUGUUCAAAUAUGUUUUUUACAACUUUCAUGUAAUCAUGGUGUUUUUCUUUUCCUGUUGUGCUGAUGUUUUCCCUUUGCACUGCUGUUUAGGUUUAUAUUAACACUCUCGAUAAUAAAUAUGCUCUGCUUUAAGAAAAAUAAGACUGGUAAUGUCAUUGUUAUUUGAUGUAUAGGAUGUAUAGGCUAAGUGUGCCAAGCUGUAUGUAGUUGUACACAAUGUAUUUGUGUGUAUUAAAUAAAGAUUAUGUACACUAAGAAA